AUGAAGACUGAUAUCAAGAUUGUAUUGGUGGGUGAUGAUGGUGUUGGUAAGACAACAAUCAUAUCAUCUCUGGUCAGUGAUGGAUUCGUUGAGCAGGUGCAACGUGUCGUACCGGAUGUUACAAAGCCUGCCGAUAUACAGGGACUCACAUGUGCGACGAGGAUAAUCGAUACAUGCAACGACGUUGAUCAUAUUAGAGGAUUGAAUCAGAUGAAGUUGGAAGUGAAGCAUGCCGACGCCAUCCUGCUGGUCUAUUCAUACGAGCGUCUCGACUCCUUCUUUAGCAUCCGAACAAAGUGGAUCCCAAUGAUCCAGCAGAUCCAGGCACAACAUCACACUCAGCCCGUGCCCAUCAUCAUCGUUGGCAACAAGUUGGACAUGGUCGAUGAGUCCGAGGCCGAGAGGAAUCAAACCCAAUUCGGUGAGACCAUUCAAUACAUCACUGAUAUAUAUCAAGGAACUGUAAGAUGGAUGCAAUGUAGCACAAGGAGCAUGUUCAAUAUACAUGAGCUGUUGGAUACGGCUCAGAGUUUGGUGUUGUUCCCAGAGGAGACAUUGUACAAUCGCCAGGAGAAUAGUUUGACACCAUUGUGCGAGCGCGCCCUGCGCAGGAUCUUCUUGAUAUGCGACCUGGACAACGACGGCUCACUGAACGAUCGCGAGAUCAAUUACCUGCAGCAGCGCUGCUCGCACCAGCCACUUUCCAACGAGGAGAUUGCCAACCUCAAGAAGCUGCUGCGCAACAAGGUGGCCAACGGCGUCGACGACAAUGGCUUCACGAUCGAGGGCUUCCUCUUUAUGAACCUGAUAUUCCUGUCGAAGGGCCAGCACCUCACCUGGGGCUCCAUCCGCUCAUUCAAAUACGACGACAAUCUACAGCUGUCCAACGACUACCUGCACCCACAGCUGACCGUUCCCAACGGUUGUCGCGUUGAGCUCAGCGCCGACGGCCUGGAGUGGCUCAAGACACUGUUCAACCGCUUCGACGCGAAUGGCGACGGACUUCUCAGCAGCACCGACCUGGCGCGUCUUUUCGCCACGGCCCCCGCGCCCGCCUUUGGCACCGACCAGCUGCACUCGGUCGAGACCAGUCCAAGUGGUGAGUUGACGCUUGGCGGCUUCCUCUCGCUCUGGGAGAUGCUGGCACAGAAGGAUCAUCGCAUGGCACUCGAGUACUUUGCCUACUUUGGCUACGAAAGCAUUAUGAAGGCCAGCACAACCCAUCUCGUCAGUGUCCAAAAGAAGAACCGCAACCUAUUCAACUGCUAUCUGAUGUCAACCAAAGGUUGUGGCAAGUCCACACUCAUCAACACCCUUCUUGGCAAGCCAUCAACCAAGCCAGUGCCAUCCUCGGUCUGUGUACCUCUGUCCCUAUCUCAAUAUUUAGUUAUACAUGAGAUUGAUAACGUGGACAAGGUUAUCCAGGAUCAAACAAGGAUGAAUGAAUGCGACACUGUCUGUCUGCUUUGGGACGAGACUGUAAAUGGAUCUCUCGAGUUUGCUACCCGACUAUACCAAUCACUCAAGAGUAGCAAUCCACAUUUGGAGGUUGUGUACCUUCGAGCUCAACAACAUGUCCAGCCACAGCAACAGCAAUCACCCAAACCACCAGUUGCCAACAACAACAACAAUACUUCUUCUUCACCAACGACAAUAGACUUUAGAAGGAAUGAACCCACGAGGGAGUUGGCCAAGGCCGUGUGGACUGCUGCCCGCAACAACUGCAACAGUGAUGCUGGAAAGGAUGGAAAGAGUGGAAGCAAGUCUGGAGAGGCAGGACCAUUGUCCAUCUUCACACUAGUGUCCAGCAGUGCCCUGGUGGCAGCCGGUCUUGUUUACCUCUACAAGCAGCUAGGAAAGCGCUGA